CUGGAAAUCCGUGGAGGUGGAGAGUAGCAUAGGAAAUUCCCUGGUGUGGAAAAGGGGUGAUGGUUGUCUUCCCACGCUUUCUUCCCAGGCAUUAUUCAACUUUAUCACCACUGGGGAAGGGGGUCUUAGACUAGUGGUGAGUCAACUUGAGGGAUCUCAUCCAAGACAGCACAUGUUGCUGCCCACCAGAAUCCACGCCGCCACCUCUCCUGCAGUGUCUCUGGCUAUACCCAGGCAGCUCCUCUGCCUAUUCCAUCCAAGGUUCAUGAAUUUGAUCCAUGGGGCUGACUGCACACCAGGAGUUAACGAUUAAUGAUCUGUUGUUGAGAGGCUGUGCCCAACGCCCCUCCGUUGAACCUGUGAGACUUUCGUCCUGCUCAGCCUCUCAGGCUGAUACAUAGGUCGGACAAAGGCAGGAGGAAGAAGUGCCUUGCCAUGGCAGCAGCCUUGGAGCAGUACUGUGGCUCAGUUUUCUGGGUGAGUGGCGGUUUCUCCCUGCGUGUAUGGUAGCUCAGCUUCUGGCAGGGAUGUCACACUGUAAAUCUAAAGGCCAGAGUGCAGUGGAAUGUCCUGAAUUGCGGGAGGAUGGCUAAACGCUUCUGUUAGGGCUGUUUACUUUGAGAGUUGGGAUAGUGGUGGUGUGUUAGUUCUGUGUGCACGCUUAGUAAAAGCAACGCCUGCAGUCUGAAUGUAGCGAGUCUGGGGUUUUACAAUGAACAUCAUCUUUGUGUCGCUUACUGCUCCAGUGGGUGCACUGAGCAUUGGAAGUUGGGAGAGAGCUGGACAGUCCUCAUGGCUUGUGAGGAGACCCUUCCCAGGCAGAGGGCCUCCUCAGCAGUGGCACCUUCCCCUGUGGAGCACUCUCCCAUCAGAUGUCAGGGAGAUAAAGAAUUAUACAACUUUUAGCAGGGAGAAACAGGCAUUCGGAGGCUUUUUAGCAGGUUCUCCCCAUGUUACUCAAUUUCACUUAUACACGUGAGGGCCUGGAACAUAACCCCUAUGCAAGUGGAGGGGUCACCUAUAUAAUAAUACAGUGGUACCUCGGGUUAAGUACUUAAUUCGUUCCGGAGGUCCGCUCUUAACCUGAAACUGUUCUUAACCUGAAGCGCCACUUUAGCUAAUGGGGCCUCCCGCUGGUGCCGCUCCGCUGGAGCCCAAUUUCUGUUCUCAUCCUGAAGCAAAGUUCUUAACCCGAGGUACUAUUUCUGGGUUAGCAGAGUCUGUAACCUGAAGCGUAUGUAACCCGAGGUACCACUGUAGUGUCUUAGAGGGCAGGAGGGCUCCAAAGCAUUAGUGGAGAUGUUAACACUCCAUGUAUGAUACAGUCAUGACCGCUUCACUUGUAACUCUGACUCAAAUGAUUCACUGUAGAGAAAAUAGGAGGGUUCUUUAAUCUCACACAGAAACGGAAGAUGGGGUCACAAUUAGGUGAUCUACAUUAUUGGGCAUGCCACAUAGUAUAGCAGAAUGCAACUGGGGAGAUCAAGUGCUUCAUUCCAUAUGUAAAAAAAACACCUUUCCUGUUCAUGAAAUCUAUCACUGGAGUUCUGAAUGUGGGCCUCUUCCUCCACUUCUCCCUCAGCUGAAAUUAAGUCUGAAAGAAUCAUGAUCUUGUAGCCAACAGUACUGGUUGUGCUGUGUUGUGUGUGUGGUGCUCGCAACAAAUUCUAGAGUUGACAAAGAUGUCCAUCGUAGGCAAAGGGCCCAUAGCCUAAGUCUCUCCUUGAUGUGUUAGCUUCUCAGAGAACAUUUCACUUGGUUCAGGUCCUCUCCUGCUCCAUUCUGAAGUCGUAUGCUCCCAGGGCUUUUGGUGCUUGAUAAUUAUGACCAUGUAGGUUAGCUGUUGACUUGAGGAGUCUCCAGUCCUUUGCGUGAGCUAGAUCAUUCCACAUCCCUGUGAAGUAAAUUUAAAUUGUCGCGCCACCCUGUCAGGUACUGGUUUUCUAGUGAAUUGCCCAGAUCUGUUUCCUUGUCAUUGAUGGAGAAGUCCUGAGCACCAGGAGAUUUAAAUUGCUAAACAAGAGCUAGUGAGUGAAGCUGACUAAGCUGAUCAGAGUGCAUCUGCCUUUGUUUGAGAGUUGUUGUCUCAUCUACUGCUUAUAGGGGUCUCAGGGCAUUCCACCAGAAACAGAAAUGGGAGCAGAAAUUGCCACAAUUUGUAUGUUCACCCAAAAUCAGGAACAGUAACAGUAACCAUGCAAAUACAAAUGAUAUCAGCUGUUGUUUAUUUAAGUCCAUGAAUAUUACAUGCAUAAUUUUGUUUUUGAUGUUUCCCUUUCAUUAAAAUGUAUUGAAAUCGGUUACAUAAUUCAUUAUGCUAGUUUCGGCUAUAGCAGAUAGCAAAACAAAUUAACUUAGGUUAUAACUGAACUGUAGCAGAAUGGAAACAGUGAUGAUUGCAACAAAGGGAGGACAGGGUGGAAAUCGCUGUCUCUUUACGUCCUUAGCUACUAGUGGUCCUCUUGGCAAGUAGAGUACAACACUAACUCUUCCUUUGCAGUGAAGGAUGUUGGGAUUUCCCCUGAUUCUGUUCAAGCCAAGAGUCUGUUUCAUACGUAACAGGCAGGACUCUCCUGGUGCCUCCAAUAAAACAAGAUUUUGUGUUUCUGAAAUGGUGACGUCUCCAGCAAUUACUUCAAACUGUCAGGGCAAACAUCAAAAGCCCAUUGGUACCUGCUUGAAACCUGGAAGAACCACUGCCAGUCAAAGUAGACAAUACUGGACUAGAGUCACAUGACAUAACACAUGACUGAUAACGCAGUCAGAAUAUUCCACUGAUGUAGUUUCAUUGGCAAUUGGGUGUCUGCGGCGCAACUGAAACAGUGAGGAGUUGUGUGGGUGACACAGGAAGAGGAUACAUAUUCUGUACUCCAGAUCAUGGUUUUGCCCCUAGUAGCAGUGCAACUUUACACCGUCCUGACCCUUGUAGAAGGAAUUUCUUUCCAUAGAUUUCAGUGGGAGGUUUUAAUUUAAAACAAAAAACAGGCACUCCCUCAACAAUGACAACAACCAUCCUGCCCAUAUUGUCACAGCAGAGCACCCAAUUACAGCACAUCAUUACUUGUAUAGCAUGGGGUUUUAUCAGCUCCAGGGGAGCGCAGUCCACUAUUAUGUCCAAUGGUAGGUGAGAGUGCCGGAUUUUGGUGUCCCACAGGGUGCCACUGAAAUUUGAGACACCAAGGUCCACCACUGCCCUGUGUGUGUUUGUUCUGCUCCAAAAUGGUGCUUGUGUGUCACAUAAAAGGACUCAGUCCUCUUCCUAGACGGAUGCCCUGGGGGCUGGCAGCAGUGGGGUCAUUACUGGCUUUGCCUCCAGUGGGACACUGUCACAUCAUUUUGCAUGUAUAUCAUGGGGCUGUGUUGUUGUGGCGCUCUCUCCACUGUAGAUUCAUUAGCUGUUUCCCCCAUUUAACAAUUAACUCAAAAGUUCUUUACAAAUACAAGCCCUAAAGAGUCAUGCAAAAAUACUUAAUAAUUAUAUUUGCUCCAUUAAAACUGCUCAACCAAGCUGCAUGCUGAAGUUUCUUUAAAGGGAAUGUGGGCUGCAAUCAUUGCGCUGUAAGAAACAGAUUUUUCUACAGCUGUUUUGAUACCAGUGUAGUAAAAACGAAAUCCAGUUUUGUUCUGCAGAAAUAAUGGUAAAUGUUGAAUUAAGGGGAAGAAAGGAUGUCCAAUCAGUUUGAGAGUUAAACACAGUAUCAGCAAUGUUAGCUCACACAACAUGUACAUCAUAAACCAUAUAGAUAUCCCACCAGGGUAUCUCUAAUUGAUAACUGCUCUUAUUAGAUAGCAUGUGCAACAAAGGUUCAACGCAAUUACAUGCUGGUAGUAAACACCAGUGCUGUGUUAUGGUGAAUACAAACAUUGACUUUUGCCCACUUGAAAAUGUCACUGGAUUCUAACACAAAGCAUCACUAACUGGCUUGAUUGCAGGUGAGUCAUACUGAAUGGGUUAGCAUAAGGAUGAGUAAGGGUGGUUGUAAAUCAAUGGAACAAGAACACCCUCAGAACAGCAGUGGAGACUGGAGGUGGAAAUCAGUUAUCCUGGGGUUGUGUUAUGAUGCAUUGGCCAAAUACAGCAAAUCUUUGGAAGAUGUUAUAGCAUUGUAAUGAGUUCAUGGCAGGUGCUGUGGUAUUGGAAUUGUGGCAAUUGCUGUCAAUGUUUACAUGCUAAUUGUCUGUGUAGAUCCACAGUGGAACAUGGAACAGAGAUGUAAGGCACCACCACCACAGUGUUGCAGCUCCCAUCAUCCUCAACCAUUGGCCAUGAUGGUUGGGGCGGAUGAGAGUUGGACUCCAUCAGCAUCUUGAGUACCACAGGCUCUCCAUCCCUGGUGCAACGCAUAGUGGUGUGGGGCAUGGAUACGUGUGAAACUAUGUCAGGUAGUACAUGUGGGCUAAAGAUCUUAGCAAGUGUUGGCAUAUGCCUUAUUUUUUUUGUUUUUGAUGCCUCCAGAACUCUUCUUUCCUGGACCGGAAUGAUGCCGACCUGCCACUCUGCUUUGAACAGACUGUUCUGGUCUGGAUCCCCCUGGGCUUCCUCUGGCUCUUUGGCCCAGUGCAGCUUCUCCACAUCUGCACAUCCAGGAUGAAGAAAUCAUCUGUCACAAGAGUUUACCUUAUUAAACAGGUGGGAGAGAAAGGUGUGCCCCGGAGUUAGUAGCAGGGUGGAAGCAAAGGGCAUGCAGAUCAAAGGGCAAAGCAGUUCUCUGGGAGGUGGACGGGGGUGAUGUGAGAAACCCUGAAAGGGUUUAAGUGAAGUAGGGAUCUGUGCUAACUGGGAAAUGUGGGUGGAAAGAGCAGGAAAGUCGGAGGGUCAGAUGAACUUAAGUGUCCUUUGGCCAGAAGCCUUUGAACCACGUCUUGCUUAUGUAAUGCCGUCACGAUAGUGGUGGUGUUUAGUAUAUACAGAAUUGUUAGGAAUCAAGUACUGUAGUGUAUUUACUGUUGAUGUAGUUUGCGCUGUGAUUGUUAUAAAAAGGAAUACUCAAUCAAAACUAACAAACAUAUACAUAUAUUUAUAUUAUAAAUAACACAGGGAUUUUUAUGUGUUUUGAACCCGCUUUGAGUGCAUUCCUUGCAGGAAAGGGGCGUAUCAGUACACUUGAUUUUUACUUGAUGGAGGGUGUGAUGCACAGCAGUGCUCCUGGGCCACUUGUGCUGUGGAAUGUGGCUUUGCCCUGCAUAUGUAGCUUCUCCACAAUGGGUUUAGAAGCUCCUUGCAGCCUUAUUCUCCUAGAACGUUGCAGGUAGCAAUCUGACACUUCUGCUCUUCCUUUGCCAGGUGCUGGCUGCGCUGCUCUUACUGAUGUCCCUUGCUGAAGUGUUUUUCACUGUUGCUGAAGACCUAGGAAACCUCCCACACCCAACCCCUGUUAGCCGAAACCCAGUUGUCCAGUACUUGAAUCCAGCACUCUACUUCAUUAGUUGGGUGAGAGCUCUCCUUCAUCAAACCAUGUCCUGUGCUGGAAUUAAAGUGUCCUUUAAAAGGACAAGUUGUUUUCACCACAGAGUUGCCAACUCCAGUUUCAGCCUUCUGUUUCCAUUGGGCUGUGUGCGAAUACAAGUCCUGAUGAGACCCAGAAUAGUACUUUGAAGGGAGGGGGUUACAUUAGAAAAAAAACAAGGAAGAAAAGUCAAAUGCUGUCCCCCCCCAUGCCAGCGCUCUGAUCUUCUCUGAUCUUUAAAGCAGCUGCCUGAAACGGCUUUUUCUUUUUUUAAGGGAGAUUUAGGAUGAUAAUAAAUUUAUUUAUUUAUUAACCCAAACCUUAUACCACAACAUAAAACGCAGACACUAGAACAUAAUAAAAAGUGAUCCCACACUAAUUCCCCAUCAUCAAACUCCCAUAUUUCCCAAGUACACCAUGAAAAGAACAAACUAACAAGGAACAUUAAGCCGCAUGUGAGAAAACAACAACAACAACAACAGUGGCUGCCCAUUGGCCCAAGUCCGCUGGGUGGUUUAAAAUACAAUAAAAACAGUGGGACAAUCUUAGUACAAAUAUUCAAUGAACAAAAUUCGUCCAUCACCCUCAUAUUACUCUCAAAGUGCUUCUCCACGAGGGUAGAUCCCUUUCGCAUUGUCCCUUCAAUGGCAACCUGCUACCCCAAGGUGCAUCAUACACCUCAAGUCACAUCUUAUUUGGUAUGUCCCUGAAGAUGGGUACCUGUACAUCUUCUCCUGUGGGGCAAGGAGCAGAUUUGAGAUGAGGCAGCAUUUAUCAGGAAAAUACAACAGGGAGAAAGAGUUGAAAACAGCAACCAGAACUGACAACCCAAUUAGAUUCACACCUGCUCAAUACCCCUUCCACUGGUAUAAAAGUGUGUUAGAUAGAUAGAUAGAUUUUUAAUUGUAUUUUUAUUGCUGCUUCUAUUUCUGAUAUUUUAUUUUAUUGUAAUUUGAAUUCUAUCAUCAAAAGCCAUAUCUUAAGAAAUAAAAGAAGCAAUAAAAUCAUACAGCACCUAGCACAGCACAUCACAAUUGCUACAACAGGCAGAAAAACCAUUAAGUGAUUCUGCCAAGACCCUCAGCAGUUUUCAAGUGCUCUGCAGGGGUGGGUGGGGUGGGAACCACUGAUUUAGUUUGUCACAUUCAAUUACACCCUGGCUAGCUAGCUAGGAAGUAGAGGUAGAUUUUUUAAGCAUUAUACAAAUUUAGAAUUAUGAAGGCAAAGGCCAUUCUCUUAUUUCAUCAGUCUGUUUCCAGAUCUCAUUCUGGAAGCUCGACUAGAAGUCACAAGCCAUGUUUUGAGCUUGUCUCAAGUGAGCAUGUUCAGCGAGCUAAUAAGGUGGAUCUUCUCCUCUUCAUUAUCAAGUUUGAUGUCCAGCCUGGUACUAUGAGUUUACAUCACGCCUCCCUCCAUUUCCUAACCCUGAAACCAACCCAGUCUUGCAAACUCUUGGCUCUUUUUCGCUACUGCAGUUGCUCGUUCUGCUGAUCCAUGACAGCCGCCGCUUCACUGUCCGCAGAGACUCGGGGACUCUCUUCAUCUUCCUCCUCCUUUCUGUGCUCUGUGGUGUAUUUCAGCUCCAGACUCUCAUCCGGCAAGCAAUACAGGUCAGAAACACAAGACGUCUAUGAAAAACUAGGCAACCCAGGAUGGCAAAGGUUGAGGUGGCCCCAGCAAAGCCACCUCUGGGGUCAUUCAGCUCUGCAAGCCUGUCUGCUGUGGUUCACCCACCCUAUUUCUCAGGACAGUCUUGAGGCAGGGGGGAGUGGGAAGAAAGGCCAAAAAGAAGCUGCAGGAAGGAGUUGUCCUGGUGCAGACUUUAGCCCUAACUGCUUGGGAAGAAGUGGGUUCAGCUCCACAAUUUGGUUACUUCCACUAGUAUCUCCCAUUUGCUUUCUUCUCUUGCAGGGCUCCAUCACUGAUGUGCCACGUUUUAGCUUCUUCCUUGUCUCCUAUGGGCUUCAACUUAUUUUGUUCUUCAUCUCUAUUGUUUCCGACGUUGCCCCCGAAAUGAAGGAAGCUGCAAAGAAAGUGAGUGUCUUCAGCUACAUGUACUAGACUUGUAGGAUAACCUUUGGGACAGGAACAGCCAUUGGUAUCUUGCAUGGUAUUCCCACUUUGUAUAGGUUCUCAGAGCGGGCUUGAUGGGAUAGGGAACGUUUCCACACAUCAGCUCACCAGGAAGCUGGGUUUCAUAGGCCACACCUGGCUGCCUGAUGCACUGUUUGGUGGGAGUGGUCUCAAAAGGAAAAUUUGCCAUAUAUGUCUUGAAGGCUUUGUUUCAAAAGGUGUUAGCCAAGUUAGUCACACCUCGUCACUGUUGUUCCCUGAAUUUUUCACCUAGACAUUCUGCCUCUUGUCUUUUUCAGAACCCAGAGAUUGUGGCCUCUUUCCUGAGCUUCCUCACUUUCCAGUGGUACAGCAGGUAUGCAAAUCUGAGUGGAAAAGAUAAGUGUAUUACAUCUAGGAGAAUAAAGGUUAGAGUUAGGGUCAACUAAUCUAUCCCAUUAGUGCAAGGAUUUCAGCUUAUGAAACAGGACUUCUCCCUGCUCUCCUCCCAUUGUGCAUGUGGGAGAUUUGCAGUCAAACCUAACAGUGCUAGUUAGUAUAUGAAGGGGUUAAGACCACAGAGUUCUAAUCACUAGGGCUCUGGAUCUGAAAUAUUUGCAUGGUGGGAAAUGCCGUACUGCAAUGUAGUGUUUGAAACCAAGCUCCUAUUUCAGUCUUUUAUUUCCUCUGCUGUGUCUAACUAGAGGGUCUAGCCUUUUGGAAUUCUUCAUUCUGUUAAACAAGUGCCAACUGAUGGGGAGCUGGCAGCCUCUCACUUCCCCCGAAGCCCCAACCCUUGGAUACAGGGCUCAUUUCACUGUUGUGCCUGAGCAUGGUCAAAGCAACAAAUUAGCGGGGUGAAGAGCAGCAAGGGUUUUGAGCACCUGAGUAAAUCUGCUGUACCUUUCAGGAUGGUGUUCAUGGGCUAUCGCAAGCCACUAGAAAUUGAUGACCUCUGGGACUUGAAGGAAGAACAUAAGACGGGGAAAAUUUUAGGCUCGCUAGAGAAGAACAUGACAGCUGGAAUAAAAAAUGCUCAGCGGAAACUGGAGAUCCGGCAACGGAAGAGGAAACGUCAUUCAGCAGCUACUGACCAGCACAUGAAUGGCUUGAGCAAAGCCCAGAGUCAGGAUGCAUUGGUUUUGGUAACUACUGCUGCUGGGAGAGAGAGCGGGGGCUUGCAUUUCAGAUCCAAAUGCUGGGCUGAAUGGGAGGAAAUCUUACACACAGGAUCCCCUAGCCCACUGCAGCUUAGCCCACACAGGAUCCCCUAGCCCACUGCAGCUUAGAGCUAUUUGGGGGUCCGGUGGCAAUAUCACUGUGCUUUACAAGUGGGGGGCGGCUUCUGCAUGUAUCAGAAGCUCCAUUUUGCACAAUGUAGGAAUCAAACAUUUAGUGUUGCGGUCCCUAUCCUUUGAACCCUGCUCCCUUGAAAAUUAGACAGGUGCUAUCUCUGUGUCUUUUUGCCAUCUAUUGAAGACCAUUGUCUUUCGAGGAGCCUUCUAAAUUAGUAACUUCCCCAGUCUGCAUCUGUAUUGGAAUUCUUUUUAAGAGGUUCAAAAUAUGUUUUUAUAGUUUAUAACUUCUUGUUUGCCACCCUGGGGCUCCUUUGGGAAGUGAAGUGGGAUACAAAUUUAUCAAAUUAAUAAAUCUUUAUAAAUAAAUAAGAUGGCUGGCUUUAUGUGGCAGUUGCCCCACCCUGAGAGUUGGGGGCUGCUUGAUGCCUGCCAAACCUAAACCCUGCUCUGAAUUUAGGAAGAGAAAAAGGAAAAAGGCAAGAAGGAGGCAGACAAGAAAGACUCUCGUGGGGACUACGCGAAGAGCUGGCUGAUGGCUUCUAUAUUCCGAACCUUUGCUGGGAACCUUAUGAAAUCAGUGGCACUCAAGGUAGUGCAAGACCUCCUGGUGUUUGUGAGCCCUCAGCUACUGAAGUGAGUCCUCCUAGCUCCACUUUUUAAUUCUGAGUUUUCCUGGUGCCCUGGAUGGUGGGCGAUGGGGUUUAAAUAAGCUUCUGAUGCAGGAAGAUCUUGUCACUGGCUGGAAAUCCAUUUAUACGGUCUGGACCAUCCACACGCUGAUGAAUUCCUUAAAAUAUUCUCACCAUUUUAAAGGCACAAACUAUGUGCCUGAAGAUUCCAGGUGCAACUAAAACAAUUUCCUUGCGCUUCUGCUGUAAGAUGGUGCAUUAAGAUGGCUUUUAUAGAUGAGGAACAUUCUGAGAGAAAGCCAGGGUUUGGAUCUGAAAAAUGAUUUUCCCAGGUCCAGGUUUUAUACUGUGGUCCCAUUUUAGCUAUCUCAUAUUAGUUGUCCACUGUAGGGGAUAAGUAGCAGAGCUUGCUCCAGGGAAGGACACAGUUUGGUCUCUGCAUUGAGGAAUAGUGAUGAGUUAUGUUUUAGACUUAAUUGAGAUAUAUCCCUAAGGCUGCUGUCACAUAUAUACUUAGCUGGGACUGGGCAUAAGUCUCACUGAGCACAAUGGGACUUAUUUCUGGGUGGACAUGUAUACUUAAAUUUUCCACUGGAGACAUGGAGGUGUUCAGGAGAGAGCCACAAAGGUUGCAUGUGGCCUGUGAGUUGUCCACAUGUGACAUAUGGUUGCGUUGCAUGAGCCUGGUUGAGGAGGAGCCUGUAGCCUGUGUGUGGAAGAACAAGAGACUGAUGCUUAGGGCUUGUGGGAGGCGGGCGUGUUAUUGGGGUGUGGUUUGUGCAAGUCUGAGUCGAAUUUAGAGAGAUGCUCAUCAAUAUUUUCUCUGGCAGGCUGAUGAUCUCCUUUGUGUCAGACCCAAAUGCCUACCUUUGGCAUGGCUACCUCUAUGCAGUGCUGCUGUUUCUGACCGCACUGGUGCAAUCCAUCUGCCUACAGCAGUAUUUCCAACUCUGCUUUGAACUGGGCAUGCUCGUACGCACUGCUCUUAUGGCUGCCAUCUACAAGAAGGUCAGUUGGGUCCUUCACCUUUUGUGGGGGCUGCUUUCCUUAGUGCUGACCAAUCAACUUUGACUGCUUUCCCCUGGAUCUUGGGAUGGAGGGAUCCUUUGACAUUCACACUUCUUCGAUUUUUUGAAGUGCAGUUAUCCAGCCAAGGAAUGCAUACAAAAAUGCAUGCACUGGGAUAAAGUGUGCACAAAAUGCAUAUAUAAUAUGCAUGAUAAUAGCACACACAGAUGCAUUAUAUUUGGGGAAACAGCUUUUCAGAGAUGUGUACAUUAGGCAAGUUUGCAUGCAAAUGAGUGUAUUAGGAGAAAUUCAUACUAAAAUGCUGAUGGAUUUUCAUGGAUUUUAUUUUAAAAAUUGCAAACCGAUGUGGAGGACUAAAGUGAAGAUUGGAAAAGUGAGACACUGAGAGAGGAAGUCGCUGACAGAUUUGCUCAUCCUUAGUGCUUUGUGCCCUGGUCCCUAGUGGCUAUGGCAUUAUCUGGUACCCCUAGUUUUUACAGCCACUGUUGUAUCUGCUUUCAGGCCCUUACCGUUUCCAAUGCCACACGGAAGGAGUCCACGGUGGGCGAGACGGUGAAUCUGAUGUCCGCAGAUGCCCAGCGCUUCAUGGACUUCACAAACAUGAUGCACCAGCUGUGGUCGGCUCCCCUGCAGAUUGUGCUGUCUAUAGUGUUUCUGUGGCUGGAGCUCGGCCCCUCUGUGCUCGCUGGGAUUGCUGUCAUGGUCCUGCUUAUCCCCAUCAAUGCUGUGCUGGUCACAAAGGCCAGAGCCAUCCAGGUGAGGGAAGGAAUGUCCUGGGCAGGUGGGGAACCAGCAGUGCCUUUUUGUUUGAAAGGGCUGUGAGGUCAGUUCUGCUACAGAGGACAGAUUCGUAGGUCAAGCGUGUGCUCCAAAUGCUAACCUUGAAUUUUGAAUGUAACUGCCCUGUGUCAUUUUUUGCACUGGGCCUCAGUGAGUAGAUUUAAUUCUAUUAAAAGCAGCCUAUUAAAAAUAGUCUGUCCGGUUCAUUUAUUCAAAAUCCUGACGUCUGAUUAUCCCAGUUUAAUGUAGAUGUUUCAGAGCUUAGGACAAGACUGAACAUUGUAAUCUGUAGAAAACACAACUUGAAAAAAAGAGACAAUGCAUGUAUUUUUGUGUGUGUGUGUGUGUAUUACUGAGCACUGUAGACCUCUGUAGAAUAAGUCCCAUAGGGCACAGCAUCAACCCCCCCCCCCAGCUUCAUUUCAGAGAUCUAUUGGAGAAUUAAGGGCAAAACUAUGGCAAUGUGGUGCCUCUAACUGUCAGAGACAAAGCACAAAUGACUUGUCCCUGGGCAACGUAUUAUGUGGGGCUGGAACAGUGAUCAACUCCCUAUUUGCAACUUCUUUGCGCAGGUGAAGAACAUGAAGCACAAGGAUGAGCGCAUGAAAAUAAUGAAUGAAAUUCUCAGCGGCAUCAAGGUGAGUAGCAGAGACCAGAUUGCUCCAACACAGUGAUGAGUUGGCUGUACUGAUGGAAACAUCAAUGGCACAAUCCUAGCCACGUCUACUGAUAAUUAAGUCCAUUUGAUUUCAGUUAGGCUUACUACUUGGUAAGUGGAGUUUUAAUUGCAGAUAAGGCAGAGGAUAACUGGGAGUGUUGCCUCUGAUCUCUGCCAGAUGCCUUCCCAAAGCAGGCAUGCAAGGUCACCGCCUGCUUAGCCUUUGCCUGCAAUGUGUGCGUCGGGAAGGGGCUUGUGCUGGAAAUGAGACAUGGUAGGAUGGAGCCCUGCUCCUGCUUUCCCUGGAUAGAAAGCUCUGUUGAACUGAGCCCCCACAUCUGACCAGAAGCAUCCUUUCAGAUCCUGAAGUUGUUUGCCUGGGAGCCGUCAUUUGAGAAACGAGUCGGAGGUAUCCGGGCACAGGAACUGAAGCGGCUGCUGCGCUUUGCCUACCUGCAAUCCAUCUCCAUCUUCCUCUUUGCCUGUGCUCCUUUCAUAGUAAGACAGCACACUAUUUUUGUUCCUUUUGCUCAUUCCUUGCAGUGUAGAAGAUGCCCCUCAUCCUGUGACUCUCCUUCCUUAGGUCUCUGUGGUAACAUUUGCUGUGUAUGUGAUGGUUGAUGAAAACAAUGUUUUGGAUGCACAGAAAGCCUUCACUUCUAUCUCUCUGUUCAACGUCCUGCGCUUCCCUCUGGGCUUCCUGCCAUUGACAUUGUCCUCCCUGGUACAGGUGAGUAGGCUGGUGAGGGACCUAUAUCCUGUAACUGAGGUGGUGCUCACACCCUGUUCGUAGAGAGAGAUGGUUGGGUCCUGGGUUGUGCAAAUGGCACUGGGGCUCCCUUAGCUUUGGGUUGCAUAUCAUAGACUCCUGAUCAAUCUGCCUGGCAAAUGUCUCUCUCAACAAGCCAUGGAGCACCAGAAAGUACCAAGUUACUCCAUGCCCCAGUUUUGAGAGGGCAGGCUUACCUGGCAAGGGAGGCAGCCGUGACUGGCAACACUCUGAUCAUCGCUGGAUGGCUGAGUCUGGGUGCUGCAGUUUUAAUUUCCCAUAAUGCCUCAGCAUAACCCCAUGUCAGAGGCAUUGAGGGAAAUCGAAAGAGAAGCUCCCAAACCUAAUCAGUUGGUGCUGAUCAUAGCUCUAAAAAUGUUUAAAGUGGGCACAGGCAUCAGAAUUGGAUUCUGCAGGUGUGCUGGUACCCUAAUCACUGCCUGGCAUGCCUGACUUUGCCUCUGCACCUUACAGGUCAAUGUAUCUACUGAGCGGCUGGAGCGCUACCUGGGCAGUGAAGACCUGAACACUUCGGCCAUAUGUCAUGAACCGAGCCCUGGUAAUUGAAGGUUAGGGUUUGGAGGUCAUAGCAGGCAGAGUUCUGAAGCGAAUGUAGAAGGCUGGUAAAAAUGCGUAAGAAGUCAGGUGCGACUUGUGUUCUGUGACGGGGCCGGAAUUGUUCCUACGCUGUCCCUGAUGAUAAUGCUACCUUUUCUUUCUCCUCUAGGCUGUGCUGUGACUUUCUCUGAGGCCUCCUUUGCCUGGGAACAAAAUUCAGAUGCCACCAUUAGAGAGUAAGUCACCAUAUACCAGACCAAUUUUGUAUGUUUGUGGGGAGGGGAUUUGUAUGUUUGUGGGGGUCUGUGAUCCUUUGCGUUAAAGUUGUAAGCGGGGGGGGGGGGUCCUUUCUUACCCACCUGCCUGUUGGAUAAAGCAGGGAAAGGUAAACCAGGCCUUGAAUGAUAAUGAGAAUGUUCUGGUAGAGUCUCUCUCAAUUGGGAUGGUUCCUUCCUGGCCCCAAAGACCAGUCCACUUCCAUAUACAUGCUUCUUCCAUGUGCUACUUUUCUCCUGCAGCAUAAACUUGAAAAUUCCACAUGGGCACCUGUUGGCCAUUGUAGGACCUGUGGGAUCAGGCAAAUCCUCACUGGUGUCAGCCAUGUUGGGAGAGAUGGAGAACAUCAAAGGACAAAUCAAUGUUCAGGUGAGAGGAGGUGGCGGCUCUGCUAAGAAGCCCCAGAGAAGCUAAUCUCCAAUUCACUGAUUUUCCCAAGUACUAUUGACUAGAUAGAUGUCUCCUCCUCCUUCCUCUUGCUUCCUCAGGGCUCCAUAGCCUAUGUGUCUCAGCAAGCAUGGAUCCAGAAUGCCACACUGAAGGACAACAUCCUUUUUGGGUCACCCUUCGAUGAGGCCCGAUACCAACAGGUCAUAGAUGCUUGUGCUCUUCUCCCAGACCUGCAGCUGCUACCAGGAGGAGACCUUACUGAGAUUGGAGAGAAGGUGCCAACCUUGGGCUUAAUGGCAGAAGGGGCAGGUGGUAAUCUGGGGCAAUGGAGCAAGUAGAACAGGGAGGGAGAUGACUCUGAUUUAUGCAUGAACAAGGGAUGCUGUGGGUGAUGGUCCAGCCUUGCAAAUAUAUCUACAAAAGUUCCUAGCCAAAUAGUAAUGGUUACUAGUGCUCUUGUGGCCACAUGUAACUGUGUUUUUCUUUCAUGGCCCAUUGAGAGGCUGGAAGAAAACAAAAACAUCCAACUGUGUUCUGAAUUACAAAAACUUUCCAUGGAGAUUCUUAAGAGGUCCAAUGGCUAGCUCACUCGGUUGGAGUGUGAUGCUGAUAACGCCACGUUUGCAGGUUUGAUCCCCAUAUGAGACAGCUGCAUAUUCCUGCAUUGAGUGGGGUUGGACUAGAUGAUCCUCAGGGUCCCUUCCAACUCUUCAAUUCUACUUUUCUAUGACUGUCAUUGAGAGUUAACACUGAUCAUAUUUGGUUAUCUUUGGACGUCAGUAUGAGGUGUGGGGAGAGCAAGUGUUAAUGUAGGCAGCUGUGCAGGACUAAGGGAGGGCAGGAGAAUUGUUAUUGGGAGAGUGCAUAAGGGUAGGAGAAGUCCUGAAAGGGCAUUUGAUUGGAUGGAUGAUUACGGGAAAAUGCUGAAUUGUUGUAGAGUAUUAUAGUAUUCAUUGUCAUGUGGUGUGAGUUUCAGCAGGACCAUCUUCAUCAGUCAAGGCUGACCAAGCCAAAUGCAUUGGAGGGGGCUGCUUCUGCCUCAAGUAAUCAGAGCUCAAGCUGUUGCCAUGCACUGAACCAUAGAGAAAGCUCAGAGAUCCUAGCUUGGCUGCUUUCUUCUGCAGGGCAUUAACCUUAGUGGAGGCCAGAAGCAGCGUGUCAGCCUGGCCAGAGCUGUAUACAACAACGCAGACAUUUACUUGCUGGAUGACCCCCUGUCGGCUGUGGAUUCCCAUGUAGGACGACACAUUUUUGACCAAGUGCUGGGGCCACAGGGGCUGCUGCAGCAUAAGGUGAGCUCUUGCCUGCCCUGCAGACCCUGUUUUGUGAAGAGCAGAUGGAGAAAUGUUUUGUUUGUUAGUGCUACAAGACCUUUCUUCCAAAGCGAACAAAAAAGCGAACAAAAAUCUAGCCAGUGUGGGAGACUAGCGUUACUGAUUCAGGUAAUUGAAAGUUGGCUCCAAAAGAAGUCACUGACCCCAAAUGGUCUGUGACUGUUUUCUAUAGAUGGAAGCUUGCUCUGUCCCUGGUAAAGAGUGUAGAGCUCAACCCUCUUUGGGACUGAGGUCCAUAUUACUUGAAUCAGUAAAUUAAAUCAACUGCAUCAGCUGGAUUUGGUGUUUGCUUCUGUUUUGUGAUGCUGCCUUUCAAUGUGUUCUUUAGAAAACUGAGGCAGCUGGCAGAAGGCUAAGUUAAAACAAGCAAACAACAAUGCUAAAUAAAGAGGAUUAGAAAUUCAACAUACGGUAAUAUUAAGAUUCAUGAAAGCCAAAUGUUGGGACCUAACCUAGCUCCAAGAGCUACCUGUUCAGGUAGAGGUGUUCAAGGAUCAGAAGGGAAACAGAUGUGGCCACAGAUGGAGUGGAGGUCAAGCAUUGGAUUGAAGGCAAUGGAUGCAAUCGUAGGUAGUCUGGAGUUCAUGCAGAUGAAGAUCCAAAGGCCAGAGGCAUGUGUAGAGUCAGAACCUGGCAGAAAGGCAGCAACAGGGGGUUGAUGGGGUCAGGAGCAGAUGUGAGGUAGCAGGCUGUCAUCACAGUCCAAGGAAAAGGAGUUGGCGAAGAUCUCCUCAAUAAGCUGCUCUACCUAGUGGCUUAGGUUGGUUGCAGUGGUUUUGUAGGGGCUGGCAUGUUCCAGUUGGCUUGGAGAGUCAGCUGAGAGUCUUCAAGCUGGAAGCUCAGCUGCUUCUCUUCAGGCUGGAGCUGUGUCCUAGAAAUUGUAGCUGCUGGGAGGGGUUUCUGGUGCCUGUGUUUGAAGGAGGAGUGGCCAUUUCGAUGGGGAAAUAGAUAUAACAUUUGUUUUUUCAAAGCUUGCAGAAGGAGGAUUCAGGAAGGUUAGUUUAAGUUAGUGAAGUGGGCUUUUUGUAAAGGAGAGACAGGUGAGUCCACAGUGUUCCUGUAGAAGCCUUCCUGAUAUAAUGUCAUGGGUCCAGGGUACAGAGUGGCUGGGGGUGCCAUCUUCUUGAUAAAGGUAAAGGGACCCCUGACCAUUAGGUCCAGUCGUGACCAACUCUGGGGUUGUUGCGCUCAUCUCGCUUUACUGGCCGAGGGAGCUGGCGUACAGCUUCUGGGUUGUGUGGCCAGCAUGACUAAGCCGCUUCUGGCGAACCAGAGCAGCGCACGGAAACGCCGUUUACCUUCCCGCUGGAGCGGUACCUAUUUAUCUACUUGCACUUUGAUGUGCUUUCAAACUGCUAGGUUGGCAGGAGCAGGGACUGAGCAACAGGAGCUCACCCCGUCGCAGGGAUUUGAACCGCUGACCUUCUGAUCAGCAAGUCCUAGGCUCUGUGGUUUAACCCACAGUGCCACCCGCGUCCCAUACAACUUCUUGAUACUACCUCCUUAAUUGUGAUAUGCUGGUUUGUGCCACAGACCCGGAUCCUGGUGACUCAUAGCCUAAGCUUCCUGGCCCAAGUGGAUGACAUUGUGGUGCUGGUGGCUGGAGCUGUUUCCGAACAGGGUUCUUACAGCACCUUACUGGCUAAUGGUAAAGCAUUUGCUCAGCUGCUCAACACAUAUGGAAACCAACAGGAAAACAGUCCUGAAGAGGAAGCUACAGGUAAGAAAGCAUUACAUUAUACAGCAGGGGUGGGGGAACCUUAUCAGGAUUGGCCUUUUAAGCCAAAUUUGACAGGUGAGCUGGGCUCCUCACCUGUCGCCUGACUUCACAAUAAAGCAAGGUGCUGCUGAAACAGAAGAAAACAUAUUUGAUUUAGUAGUGUGAUCAGGGAGGCGGUUUGCAUUGAAACGAAGGUUUCCCCCACUCUAGCAGGGGUUUCAGUGUAAACCCUUUCCUGAUUAGGAAGAGAGUUGAACUGAAUCCUGACACAUGGAGCAGGAUUUAACUCUCCUAAAUCCUGUUGCAUUGGUUGUGCAUGCCAACCUUCCUGUGGGGAACUGGUUCUGUUGCUGUUGGCUGCAUGCACUUCACCUGCAGCACCCAUCAGAGAAAUGCCAGCUGAUUGACAUGGUUUUGAGAAAAUGGCCUUGAGGUCCAAGGUGGUACCACUGGCAGGCUAAGAUUGGCCUGUGGCCCAGAGGUUCCUCACUCCUUGUAUACAGGGUUGAGGGACACUGAUCAAAGUGACCGUCCAGUAUGCAUCUUGUUCUGGAGUGAGUCACAGUAAGGUGGUGCCAUAAAUAUGAUUUGUAACUUCCAUGUAUCAAAACUCCAUUUUGAACAGCAACGAGACAACUCUUGUGGGGCAGGAUCCACCUAAGAUAAUGACCUGAUAUAGUGACCUUCAGACUUCAUUCUUCCUGAACUUGCCUCCUUCCUGAGUUUCAUGCCAUGGUCUUGACUUUUUUUUUAGUGGGGAUGGAAGAGGACCUAGAACUGGAUGGGGACACUGAACCUGGAGCUGAGGAGGUACCAACUGAUGUGGUGACCAUGUCCCAGAAGAGUGAGGCCAGUGUCCACCAAAAGGACUUCAUCCGCAGGUUAGGCCUCCUAUGAACUCACAGCCACUUUAUUUGCUAAUUUGCCUUCCUAUUCUCCCCAUCUUUCUCCCUGUCUUUCUAAUAUCUCCCUUUCCUUUCUUCCAUUUGGAAUUUAUUUAAGGCUAUUGAGCAAGGCCUUAGGGUUGGGGUAGGUGGGGACCAAAGGGGCCCCCUCAAAACCAGAAGUCCUAGGGAAGUGUUGAUUCCUUCCUUGAGACUUGUCUAUGAUCCUAGCAUCUUUCCUCACAUGGCUAAAAAACUCUCUCAGCACCACCACAUCCAGUCACCUCAUCUUUCACACACUUGCCCAAUCAACAUCCUCAUAGGGCUUGCAGGGCCUGGGAUCAGAACUGUUUUGUCUCUGUGUAGCUCAAGAAUGGGAAGCCUGUGGCCGUCCAAAUGUUGUCACUCCCAUUCAGGAGGUAUACUGUAACAACAUCUGGGGUGGGUGGGCACAGGUUCUCUGGACUUGGCAUAGCUGAUACUUUGCUGAGUUUCACCCUGCAGCUGCCUUGAUUCCAAAGUUCUGUGAUGUUUUUCUCAUUGGGCAUACUCAGAUUUUCAGCUUUAUUCCAGAAUCCUUGUUGAUCUCAGUCACCUCUGAUGGCCUGAGAAAAACCAAAUUGGGUGGAUACAGGGCAAAACGAUGAACUGGGAUGUUGGGUCAUCCCAAUGUGCUCUUAGAUUGAUAAAGGGUUGCAGCACCAGUCACCAGACAACAGGUUUCAUGUGUCGUGUAUUUUUAGAUUGUCACCCUGAGGGCAGGAACCGUCUUAGAACUGAUUUUUGUAAACUGUUCUGAGACCCUUUUUGGCUAAAAGGCAAGGUAUAAAUACUUUAGAAAAACAAAAUGGCAGGCAGGGCAGCACAGUGCCCAGAGCAUGCGGGGAAGGACGAUAGAAUCUCUGUCCCUCAUCAUUGUUCUCCUGUGUUAGCCUUAGUAACAGCAGUCACAGGUCGCUCACGAUGUCACAGCGAAUGAAGUUGAAGGAGAAGAAGCCAGUGGCUGAGAUAAAAGGACAGAGGCUGAUUGACAAGGAGGCCAUGGAAACCGGCAAGGUGAGAGGGAGGGGUCAAAAUGUUCUCCUGCCUCAUAAUUAGGACAAAUGAGGGUCUCAAAGAGAUGGAAGGGAGGAGGGUUGUGGAGACCCUGUCCCAGAGCUAGAUGGGGAACAGAGAAUGACCACCUUGCAGGAGGUUAGUUGAAGGACUCCUCAUUCCAUUACCCCCAAGGAAAAGGUGUAGUAAUGCUGUUUUGAUUGAUAAAUUAAUUAAUUUGUACACCACCCUUCUUCUGAAGAUCCCCAGGCGGUUCGAACAGAAAAAUAAAAAAAUGAGAAUACAAUAGUGCCCUCUAUUUUGGGUUUUGUUAAAUUCUUUCUUUCCUGUUAACCUGCCGCUCAAUUUUAAGAGCCUUUGCAGUGUCCAUUAUUGCGCCCUGCCCGUCCAAGGAACAGUUCAGUCUUUGUGUCCUUAUAUACUGACUACUGGACUGUUCCUGCUUAUUUUCCUGGUUAAUUGAGUCAUAUGCCAUAGCAUAUGCUGGAACGUAAGAGGUUUUCAAGGGCUGCUAUUUCAGAGUGUGUGCAAUGAUCACCCACUACGGCACUCUGUGUCUGAUAACAACCCUCUGCCUUGUAGGUGAAGUUCAGCAUGUAUCUGCAAUACCUCCGUGCUGUUGGCUGGUGCCUGUCAACAAUGGUCUUGCUUGCCUACAUAGGGCAAGCUGUAGCCACGAUUGGCUCCAACCUGUGGCUUAGUGAGUGGACAAAUGAUGCUGCAAAGUACGCGAACCAGACCUACCCAGCUUAUCAACGUGACCUGCGUAUUGGAAUCUAUGGGGCAUUGGGUGCUGGCCAGUGUAAGUCUCUGAAAAACAGAACCACUCGAGAAAUGUAGAGUGGCUAGGAACUGCCCUGUUAGUUGACAAACAAAUCGGCUCCCAAACGCCGAAAACCCGGAAGUAAGUGUUCCGGUUUUUGAACGUUUUUCAGAAGCAGAACAUCCGACGCAGCUUCCACUUGAGUGUAGGAAGCUCUGUUCUUGAGCUGGUAGCAGUUUUCAAGGUCCAAAGACCUGCGAAAUUUGGACCCACAGCUGAAAGCAAUAGACCCAUUACUGGGAACACAUGGGCAGCUAUCCAGGGUGGCAUUUUGCAGAGGGCACCACUAGAGGUCUAUACAGGUGAUAUCAUCAGGGCACAACACCAAGGCAGAUGGAACUGCACCAUAAUUCACCUAGAUCAGAGAUGGACAACCUGUGGUCUUCCAGAUGUCAUGGAACAGAAUGUCAUGUCCCACCAGCUCUAUCCAACAUAACCAGUGAUCUAGAAUGAUGGAAGUUGUUGUCAGGAAAAGCAUCUGGAGGGCCACAGGUUCCUAUCUUUGUCCUCUAGUACCAUAUGGCCUAAGGCUGUUGAUGCCAGUAUCUCCCUAUUCAUCAGGUCCUUACCAAUGGAUGUCUUUGUUCUAGCUCUAUUCCUGCUGACUUCAGCCCUUCUUGCUGCCCACGGUGCUGUCCGGGCCUCCCGGGUCCUACACGAGCGGCUGCUGUCCAACAUCCUGCGUGUGCCCAUGAGCUUCUUUGACACAACGCCAACAGGCCGCAUCGUGAACAGGUUUGCCAAGGUAUGAGCUCACGCUCUGCGAGGCUUGCAGAGACUCAAAAGUAGUUGCCGAAGUUUUUAACUGGGCCAGGAGGAAUUGGCAAGUGCCUCAAGCUAUAACUUGCUGAGAGUGUGUUGGGAAUGGGGGCACCUAUGCUGAUGAUGCUUUGAGAUUCUUGUGGGAUCCUAUCAGGCUUAGCUUCCAGCCUUCCUUGCACAACUGCACAUGCACUCACUGCAGAUGUAUAACUGUUUGGAGGUGUUACUGGACUCUCAGCUCCCAUCAGCCCCAGGCAACACAGUCAAUGGUGAGGGAUGAUGGGAGCUUGAGUCCAACAACAUAUGGACAGCACCAGAUUGGCACCACCCUUGGUUUGGACCAUCCCUUCAAGGUGCAGCAGCAGAAAUAGUUUCCAGACACUUUUGCCAGUUGCCCUUGUUAUAGCAGCAUUGCACCCUAUGCACUGCAGUCCUGGUUUAAGCGAACCAAAAAGUUUGGGGUUGGGGGAUUCAAGCUGAAAUCAUGUAAACAUGAAGAAGUUAACAGGCAGAGAAAAGAUGGGUGCCUUUCAUGGUUAGGUUUCCCUGGGCUAUAAUUUGUGUAACUUUGGUCUGUUUCCCAUCACCAGCCAUGACACAUGUCUGCCAGCUUUCAGUAAAUUGGGUGGUUUUUUAAAAAAAAGUUUCUUUUUAAUCAGUGGGACCAAGAUAAUGGGAAAAUAAUCUCUCUCUCCCCCUGCUAGCCCCUGUAGAUUUUUCCAUUAUCAAUUUAGAUUGUAAAGUUCUUUGCAAGAACCUUUCUGGAGACUUACGUAUGUAAAGAACUAUUUAUACUGAUAUAAAUAACAAAAAUACUUUAAAAGCAUAAUAUUGAAUCUUUACAGAUAAAUUGUAAACAGAUAAAAACAUUAGCAGGAUUAUUGUAAUAACCUGCAGUUUUAUAAGAGUAUAUACUUACAGUAGAUAAUUAAAUGAGCAAGUUAAAUGAAUUUGGAUAUUCAGAAUAUAUUAAAAAAUAAAUUUAAGGAACCGCAGAAAGAGGGGGAAAGAAGUCAAAUUUUGAAAUGUUAAAUUGAUUGGAGAACUAAUGAAAUGUAUAAAUUUGAAAAGUAUAAAUAAAAAACUAAAAAAGGAAAAGAAAAAAAGCAUAAUUUCUUAGAAGAAUUCAGACCCAAUCCAGCUACAAUUUACUUCCUCCACCACCUCCACUCCUGUGUGCCUUGCUCCACUUGGGGAGUUUCCUACCACCAGUCCUCCCUUGAGCAGAGAACGCGAUUCACUGAUCAGCCCUGAGUGUCUAACGGUGCACACAGAGGUCUCCAUUAUCUUAUACAUUGAGAUGUAUGAAAUGGGUGCAGAAAGCUCAUAAUGCAAAGAAAAGGUGUGGUGCGCGUCUAUGGUUGUACCAGUGGAACUUUCAAACAAUAAAACCAGUUUGUAGGUCAGGGAGAAUAAUGAGAAAAAUGUUUAAAGUUAGGGAGAGAGAAUUCAAAUGAGAAAACCUGAGUAAGUUCAUAAUAGUAGAAAAGGGCACUGGUUGAAUGAAGUUUAGAAGAACUUUGGCAUUUCAUGCCCCCCCCCCCAUCUCAGAAUUUGUAAACCACUCUACAUUCAGGGAACACCCAAGCAGUUUAUAGAAGUGAAACAUAUAAAACAUAAUACAGAUCAUAAUACAGAUCAUAAAAGACUAUUAAAACAUAAAAAGUGUGUGUGAGCAUUGCAUAAAGUGAUUGUGUGAAAUAAUAAUAAUAAUAAUGGUAGAAAUAAAUGUAAGUGAGAGUGAUAGACCUAAAAGUGAAACCUUUGUUUCCAGCUCGGUUUUGAAGCACUCUCAUUCAUAACUGGCCACUCGUGAAUCUAGGUUGUACAGCAUGAUGCUUCCAACUCUCAUUUCUUUUGUCAACUCCCUCCUCUCUGCCCCCUGCAGGACAUUUUCACUGUGGAUGAGAGCAUUCCCAUGUCAUUCCGCUCCUGGAUUAACUGCUUGUUGGGGAUUUUCAGCACUCUGUUUAUAAUCUGUCUGGCCACACCUUAUUUUGCAAUUGUCAUGCUGCCUCUGGGUAUCAUAUACUACUUUCUUCAGGUGAGCUGGGGCCCAGCCUCUUUGGAAGCGAACAUUCCUUUUAUUGCCAGGUUGCAUCCAUUCAGAACUGUUGCUUGAGCCCUGGGGCUUCAGCUCCAAUACCUACCUGCUUUGCUGUUCAUUACCACUGAAGUUAAUGGACAUUACUAACUUGGGUUCAUUAAUUUCAGUGGGUCUCCUCUGAGAGAGACUUGGUCAAACCCUUAGUUCUGUGAUGACCAGGAAAGUGCAGAGGAUCAAAAUCCUCAAUAUUAGAGCAGAACUAUAUUGCUAUCCAGAAUGUCAGUGACUGGAAGGAGCUAUGCUCUUGCCAGCUGAAAGAAGAGAACGACCACAAGACCAAGUGCAGAAUAGAACACACCUUUCAGCUUGCAGCAGUGCAAACUGUUUUCUUUAAACUGCUUCUUGUUUCAUAGGAGCUGCAUACCUCUUCCUUCUAAAAUACCCAACUGUGGGCAGGAUUCAACUAAUGAGUCCCACUAGUAGAACCCUAUGCAAGGACUUCCACUAGUGCAAUGGGACUUUUGCCUCUCUCCUCUGCCCAAAACUGGCUCUGUUGGGAUCAGGAGAACCCCCAGAAUAGCACACAGAGGAGGAGAGGGGGACAUUUUGUCUGGCAAGCUGAAAUACUUUCACUGAUGGAACAAUUUCCAUAGCUGCUAUGUUGACUUCCUCCCUGUAUUAAUUAUUUUUGAAUGAUGUAAAACUGCCAAUGUAAUACCAUCAGAUAGGUUUCAUUUCCCAAACAGGCUUCUUUGCAUUUAAUGUGCUUACAAACAGGCGCUGUAAGUCACUGCAGAUGCCAGCCCUCCGAAAUCCAUGUUCUUAAAGCACACCAGAAACAGUGACUCCAUCAAACCUUUCUAAAGCUCUCCUGGCAUGGGCUUACUAGUGAACAACAGAUUAUGGCUAACACCAUUGGAAAACUGAUGCUUGGGUAUAAUAAAGCAAAACUUGAGCCCCAGAAUUGAUUUAGCAUUUCCUCUCAGAAGGCAGACUCACCAAACACCUCUGAAACUGUAGAAUGGCAUAGUCCUAGUCUCCCAUUGGCUAAAUAUGAACUAACAGCUGCAACAUACCUGCCAACAUUUAUCCAAUGGAAAUAGGGACAUCCUAUUCAAUAGUAAUAGUAAUAAUAAUUUUUAUUAUUAUUUUAUAUGUACCCUGCCCAUCUGACUAGAUUGCCCAUAUGUUGCUUCCAACAUUUUAAAAAACAGUAAAAAAAACCAGUAAAAAAACUUCCCUAUACAGGGCUACCUUCAGAUGUCUUCUAAAGGUUAUAUAGUUACUUUAUCUCCUUGGCUCAGGGAUGGGUUGCAUACAUACCCUCCAACAUUUCUCUGAAAAUAGGGACGUCCUAAGGAAAAGUGGGACAUUCUGGAAUCAAAUCAGAAUGGGAUGGCUUCUGUAAAUACGGGACUGACCCUGGAAAAUAGGGACACUUGGAGGGUCUGCUGCAAGCAAUGGUUUUAGGAGUGAGGGAUAAUGGUAAGGCUGGGAGGUCUCUGCUUUCCUUGUGGCUAUCAACUAGUGCAUCUCUCUCCUCCUAGCGGUUCUAUGUGGCCACCUCCCGCCAGCUGCGGCGUUUGGACUCAGUCACUCGGUCUCCCAUCUAUUCCCACUUCAGCGAAACAGUGUCGGGCCUCUCUGUCAUCCGGGCCUACGGGCACCAGGAACGCUUCCUGAAACACAACGAGGAGCUUGUGGACAUCAACCAGAAGUCUGUGUACUCUUGGAUCGUUUCCAACAGGUGAGGCUGUGAUGUGGAAGGUUUUGGCCUAUUCUCUAAAUCAGGGAGUUGGGAACUUCAGGCUGUGGGGCCAAAUCCAGCCCUUUGGGACUCUCUUUUUGUGCCUAAGACCUCUCCCCAGGCCACACGCCUCCCUCACUCCAUUUCAGACCCUGAAUGGUUUUUGCCAGGCUGGAAUGUGUCCUUGAACUCUGGCCAUGCCUUUGGUUCUCUGGAUGGAGGAUGGGUGUUGGGGUGUAGGAGUGUGUAUAGAUACUAGCCUGCCGUACAAAGGUAAAUUUUACACCCAUGGUUCUGGCCACCUUUGCCUCUGCCCCUGUGCACCACUAGCACGUGGCCCUUGCAACUUUGCCCAGAGGGGAAUGUGGCCCCCAAACUGAAAAGGUGCCCCCAGUCCUCAAAAAGGGACCACCAGUCCUCAGACAACACCAGCAGGUGUACUUUUUUAGUUUGGGUGUUACUACAAAGCCUAAAAGGGACGUGGGUGGCGCUGUGGGUUAAACCACCGAGCCUAGGACUUGCCAAUCAGAAGGUUGGUGGUUUGAAUCCCCGUGAUGGGGUGAGCUCCCAUUGCUCGGUCCCUGCUCCUGCCAACCUAGCAGUUCGAAAGCACGUCAAAGUGCAAGUAGAUAAAUAGGUACCGCUUCGGCGGGAAGGUAAACGGCGUUUUCCGUGCACUGCUCUGGUUCGCCAGAAGCAGCUUAGUCAUGCUGGCCACAUGACCCGGAAGCUGUACGCUGGCUCCCUCAGCCAAUAAAGCGAGAUGAGCGCCGCAACCCCAGAGUUGGUCACGACUGGACCUAAUGGUCAGGGGUCCCUUUACCUUCACUUUACAAAGCCUAAAGCAAAGUACUGUACAGUUUUCUGUUGGCCUGGUGGAGACUCUCUAGGUGUGCAGCUUAUCCAGGUUACUUCAAAGUAACAUGCCUUCCUUUCUCACAUGACUCUAAGUGGGCUGGUACAGGCUGAGCAUUUGGGAUAUCAGGAGGCUGUGCUUAGGCAUCACUGCCAGAAGCCAAGUGUUAAAAUUUGACUCUGAAGUGAAAGCAGGAACGCCUCUUCUGCUCAAUGGCAGUGGCUGGAUUUGAGAUGCUGCAGGUUGCGGUACUGAUGGAGCACUUACCUUUCCCUUCCGCAUUUGUUCCUCCUUACAGGUGGCUGGCUGUGCGCCUAGAAUUUGUGGGGAACCUGGUGGUUUUCUUUGCAGCGCUACUGGCAGUCUUUGCUAAGGAUACUUUGGACAGUGGCAUUGUGGGACUCUCUGUCUCCUCAGCUCUCAAUGUAAGUGACUGAGGCCACAAGGGGCCAGAAUAAUAGCUAUACUGGGACUUUGUAAGGCGCGUUGAUACACAAGCUUGGGAUCUAGUGCCUAAUUUGGGGGUUUUCUUGCAAUUUAUUUUUUACUUGUUUUCAUAAACCAUCAGGUGUAUUAGAGAUGGAGUCUUGUCAUGAAGCCCAAGAGCUACUCACUACAAAGCUAGGUGCCAGGUUAAGUUCAAGGUGCUGGUAUAGACAGAUUGGGAUCAGUAUACCUAAAAUACAAUAUCCCCUUAUGUACCCCAUCAGUGAUCACUACACUUUGUAGGUGAGAGCCUCUUGCAGAUGGCGUCUUAUCAGGUCUAUUCCACACAAUAUAGGAACCCAGCCUUUCUUGUUAUGACAAGUACGCUUUGGAAUUUUCUCCUGUUAAAUAUUUGACGGGCACCAUCUCUGUUGCCUAUCUCUUUCAACUCUUUCAAUAGAGACCUUUCCCAGUCUGCAUCUGUACUAGAAUUUGUUUUUAGAUGUUUUAAUUAUCACUUGUGUGUUUGCUGCCCUGCAUUCCUUCAGUAGGAAGGGCAGGAUAUCAAUUUAAUUAAUAAAUGGUAGUAAUGAUGAUGGUAAGCCUUCCUAUUGGGAGUGUGAGAGGAGGCCACUGUGCCUUUAAAAAGGGAUUCUCAUAAGAAGACAUGCUCCUGCGCCUUUCUUCCUUGUGUCUGUAGAUGUGGGCAAAUGGGAUGCAAUGGGUUCUCUUAAGUAUGGGGCAGGGAAGGGGAAGGGCUGGAGGACCAAGGCUGUUUUAGUGAUAGUUCCACUACCAUGCAGAUCACCCAAACAUUGAACUGGUUGGUGCGGAUGACUUCGGAGCUGGAGACCAACAUUGUGGCUGUGGAGAGAGUGCAUGAAUACACACAUGUGGAAAAUGAGGUAUGGGGAGCUGUGGCGAUGUGGGAUGGGGUUUGCAAGAUUGCUGUGCUGUGGGAGAGGUCCCAAUGAUUCAAAUAUAUCUUGUGUGAUGCCCAUUCUUUCUCCUGCAGGCACCAUGGGUAACAGCCCAGAGACCACCUUCUGGCUGGCCCAACAAUGGAGAGAUAAGAUUUAUAGACUACCAAGUGCGGUAUCGGCCUGGGCUGGAGCUGGUUCUCGAUGGGAUCAAGUGUGAGAUCCAGAGCAGAGAGAAGGUGAGGCACUGGGGGGGAGGUAAACAGCUGGUUGAGGCUACUGAGAAGGGGAGCAGCACACAUUGGGAGAAAAAAGGAGUCACAUAGCAGAUACUGUCCUUUAUUUGCCGAGCCUGCAUCCCAUGGACCUGAAAACCUCUAGGUUGUUCAGCUUCCAAGAAUAAUUCUCUUAUCUCAAAGUUCAGAACCAACACAGACCUGUCCGACAGGAACCGGAGCAGAGAUGCAACAUCCUGUCUAGUUGGAUGAAUGAACCAGGAAAGGAUAACUGAGAAAUAAAAGCGGUUUGGUUUAUCUAACCCUUGAGAUGCUCUUGCUUCAGGUUGGUGUCGUGGGCCGAACUGGGGCUGGAAAAUCCUCGCUCACCAACUGCCUCUUUCGCAUCCUGGAGGCAGCUGGAGGCAAAAUCCUGAUUGAUGGACUUGACAUAGCAACGCUUGGACUUCAUGAUCUCCGCCGGAACAUCACCAUCAUCCCACAGGUGAGACACCCAGUAAACCUGGCUUGAAGGAGCUGAGGCCAGGCUUUGGCUGCUUGGAGGGAGGGAGUGGAGUACCGAUACCAAGUUCUGUGUGGGGUGUCCUCCCUUAUUGCAUUGAUGCUGCUGAUUCCCGUGGUGGAGGGCUUCCCAUGCUGUUAUUCCCCACUCUGGCUGACAGGGGUGGAGAAUAUCACAUGGACGACAUCAGGUGGCCAGUUUUUGCCCACAUGGUUUGAAAUUGCAUUAUUCAGGGGCAUGCAUGCUGUGCAUGGUUUAAAACCCUCAGUAAUCUUUCACAGCCCCCUAAGCAGCAGAUGGGGACAUGGGUGGCGCUGUGGGUUAAACCACAGAGCCUAGGACUGGCUGAUCAGAAGGUCGGCGGUUCGAAUCCCCGCGACGGGGUGAGCUCUCAUUGCUCGGUCCCUGCUCCUGCCAACCUAGCAGUUCGAAAGCACGUCAAAGUGCAAGUAGAUAAAUAGGUCCCGCUCCAGCGGGAACGUAAACGCCAUUUCCAUGCGCUGCUCUGGUUCGCCAGAAGCGGCUUAGUCAUGCUGGCCACAUGACCCGGAAGCUGUAUGCCGGCUCCCUCGGCCAAUAAAGCGAGAUGACCACCGCAACGCCAGAGUCGGUCACGACUGGACCCAAUGGUCAGGGGUCCCUUUACCUUUAAGAAGCAGGCGAUAAUUAGGGCUUCAAUGUGCCAUGCACUGCAAACCACUUUUUGACCCAAUCUGUCUUUACUUGCCCCUCAGCUGAGGUCAUAUAUGACAUCAGGUGCACAUGGUUUGGACAAAACGGUCUAGCAGGCCUUAUUAGACUUGUGUCCUCCACUGCUAUAUUGAUGAGAUGGCAAAUACAGUGGUACCCCGCAAGACGAACGCCUCGCAAGACGGAAAACCCGCUAGACGAAAGGGUUUUCCGUUUUGGAGGCGCUCAUGAAGCGAUUUCCCUAUGGGCUUGCUUCGCAAGACGACAGCCCAUAGGGAAAUCUCAGGGACAGCGGGGAGCGCAGCGCGUCUUCCCCACUGUCCUCGGACCUCCUCCGAAGCCUGGCGGCGGGGCGGGGACACCUCCUCCCGCCGCCGCCGGGCUCGGAAGGCUCCCUCCGAAGCCGGGCGGGGGAGGGAACACCUGCCGCCGCCGCCCGGCUCCGAGCGGUGCUCCGGGCCGGGCGGGGGGAGGGAACACCUGCCGCCGCCGCCCGGCCGGGAACGGUGCUCCGAGCCGGGCGGGGGGAGGGAAGACCUCCCGCCUCUGCCCGGCUCGGACGGUGCUCGAGCCGGGCAGUGGGGAGGGAAGACCUCCCGCCUCGGCCCGGCUUCGGAACGGUGCUCCGAAGCCGGGCGGGGGGGAGGGAAGACCUCCCGCCUCUGCCCGGGGGCGGAACGGUGCUCCGAAGCCGGGCGGUGGGGAGGGAAGACCUCCCCCCGCCGCCCCCCGUCGGCACGGGGGUCCCACGCCGGGCGGGGGGGGGGGGAAGACCGUCUGAAGGCGGGCGGGGGCGAAGUCUUUGCUCCCCUGCCUGCCUGUCCCGGAGGGCUUUUGAAGGCGGGGAGCAAGACUCGCCCCCGCCCGCCUUCAGAAGAGGUCCAGGACCUCUUCUGAAGGCUGGCGGGGGCAAAGUCUUUGUCCCCCUGCCUGCCUUCCCAGGGGCUUUAAAUUGCCCCGGACAGCGGAGAAGUCCUCCGCUGUCCCGGGAGUGAUUUUAAAUGCCGCCCGCCAGCAUUUUAAGAUCGCCCGGACAGCGGAGAAGUCCUCCGCUGUCCCGGGGUUUUAAAAUGCUGGGGGUGGGAAGAAAAGCCCUUGCCCCCAGCCUUCAGAAGAGGUCCGGGGACAGACUGUCCCCGGACCUGGUCUGAGGCGGUUUCCCUAGGAACGCAUUAAUUGAUUUUCAAUGCAUUCCUAUGGGAAACCGUGCAUCGCAAGACGAAAAACUCGCAAGACGAAGAGACUUGCGGAACGAAUUAAUUUCGUCUUGCGAGGCACCACUGUACCACCUCCUAUUUUGUAACACAGUGGAACAAGGGGGCAUGAAUAGAAGGGGUUAAUUUGUAGGGCCCAUCGUGAAUGUUCUACAUCCCCAAAGCAUAUAUGGCUGCAGACCAAGAUCAUCCCUCGUGGAAGACCAUCCAUGCCGGCUUAAACCGUAGCUUUUGGAUCCCAGAGAUGGGAUGCUGAAGAACCUUGCCUACUUCACCCUAUCCAUACUGUAGCUCACUGUUCAGCACUUGAGUGUGGCUGAAAGGAGGAACACCACCUUGGUUCAGCCUAGCCAUGCUGCUGCUUCCAGUCGUACCUGCCUUAAGCCUCUCGUGUCUGCACCUACAGGAUCCUGUUCUUUUCUCGGGGAGCUUGCGCAUGAACCUGGACCCAUUUGACCAGCACUCGGAUGAAGAAGUCUGGCAUGCUCUGGAGCUGGCACACUUGAAGUCUUAUGUACACAGCCUGCCUGAAGGACUGUCCUAUCUAGUGAGCGAAGCAGGAGACAACCUGAGGUACAGGAAGGGUAAUACGGGCUGCUGUGCGGUGCUCCCAUCCUGAGAGUUGGGAGACUGUUGGGAGAGCAUGGGCUGUGAUGGUACUUACACUAGACCCUUGCAGGCAGCUGCAUCCAUUUAGCUAGUAAUGGGCUGAUCUUGUUUCCACAGUGUGGGGCAAAGGCAACUUGUCUGUUUGGCACGGGCCCUCCUCCGUAAAUCCAAAAUCCUGAUUCUGGAUGAGGCCACGGCAGCUGUGGAUAUGGAGACUGACUACCUGAUCCAAGAGACAAUCCGGAGCGAGUUUGCAGACUGCACCGUGCUCACCAUUGCCCAUCGGUUGCACACCAUUAUGGACAGCCACAGGUACAGUUUGUGGGGUUGUGGGCACGCUAUGUGAAAUCUGGCGUGAUUUGGAGUGGCAUUCUCUCAUCAUACCCUGGUUCAGGGCUUCAUGGUCUCACGAAAAAAGCAGCAAAGGUUCCCUCGGCCCACAAUGGAUGAAGCGCCUACAGCACUUGUUUCCCAAACUUUGGGGUCUCUAGUUGUUUUUGGACUACAAUUCCCAUCAUUCUUAGCUACCAGGACCAGUGGUCAGGGAUGAUGGGAGUUGUUGUCUGAAAACAUUCUGGAGACCCAGGUUUGGGAAACACUGACCUACAGCAACAGUGGAAUUGCAUGGAGUAAACUGUCAUUCAGUAAUCAUCCCACUAAAACUUCCACUUGGUGCUCCUAGAACUGACAACACAUUUGGAAAUCUAAAUCCAGAUAGUUUGUGGCCUGUACUAAAUAUCCUUACAUACGUUGACACACAAUCCUGAAGAAAGCCAAUUUUUGAAGUCCAUGAGUGAAAAGCUUUCUAGCAGAAGGUUAGUGAGCAUAGGAAGAACCUGCUGGAUGAGGCCAAAGGCCCACCUAGUCCAGCAUCCUGUUCGCACAGUGGCCAACCAGGUGCCUGUUGGCCCACAACCCAUAAGCAUGAUCUCAGCCCAACGGCACUCUCUCCAACCGUGGUUUCCAGCAACUUGUAUUCGGAGGCCUACUGCAUACAAAUGGUUUUCUUUGAUAGUCAAACAAGAGAAAUAACUCAGCAUGCAGCGCAGUGAAAUAAAACUUUAGAAAGUAAGCCUGUUGUUUUCCUAAGCCUGCAUUAAACAAAUGCUUGAAAAGCACAGUAAAUGCUGUGCAGGUCAAUUUUUUCCUGGGAAAGCAAAUCCCUUCUCAGGUUGGCUUUUAGCUGCAAGCACAUAAACAACAAGAAGAACAAUGGAUUUCUAGAAACCUUUUAACAACAUUUGGCAUCCAAGACUGGGCCGUAAGUUGCUACAAAGCAGAUCUGGAAGGAAAGCGAUGACCUCAUUAAAUCUGCUUUACAGUAACCAAUACUUCCAAAGGAGAAUAUAACAAAACAGAGAAGCCUUUGGAGCUGCAAUGGCUCCAUCAGCCCAACCUUUUGGGACAAUGGUUCAGCCUGUGCUUCCCACUCAACUCAGCAAAACAAAAGUUCCUGUGAUAGGAUGAUGACCUUUCAGGGUGAGCAAUUGGACACAGAAAUCCCUGUAUAAAAUAUUGGAUGCAUUAUUAGCUCAGUGACUCCCAUAUUUUUUUAAAGUGAAGUGGUGAAUCAUUAAGGGAUGGAAUACGUUCAACCCCACCACGCAAGCCAGGUUGACCAUCAAUGCCAAUAAUUAUUUACCCAGAUCAGUUGAAGAGAUUCUUAUCCUUCCCUCCACCCUCUGGCCACUUUCCCUUUUCCAUUCCGGAAACUCCCUCCUCUGGAGCCACCCUGUUGCAGUUUCCACUUCUUUUCCUCAGAAAUGUAGAUGGCGGGGUCAGUUUUAGAGUUGCUGGUGUCAGCUUUUCUUUUGGUGCCAUACAGAUUGACACCACUUAGUUUCUGAUUGCUAACCUGGAAGGUGCUAGGAGCUGUGUGCAACUAGAUAUGGGUGCUUGUGCUCAAUCUCAAAUGUCUCUCUCUCCACUCCAGGGUGAUGGUGCUUCAGGCGGGAAGGAUUGUGGAGUUUGACAGCCCUGACCAUCUGCUUAAACAGCAAAGCAUCUUUGCAGCAAUGGCCAAGGAUGCUGGAAUUGUAGGAAGCCAGAACACUGCCAUGUAGAGGCAAGGGCAGCAAGACCAAGGCCAGCUUCACGCAUCCUUGUGGUAGCUUUUCCUGGACUUUUACCUUUGACUGGGUGCCAACACUGUCUGUACCAGCAGUGAUAUUAUGCCUGAAGCACAGAUUGUAUCAUCAUACAGUUUCUGGGCACACUGCACUCAACCAGCUUGUAUCUUCAGACAGCUACCUGAUAUUUUCUUUGGCCCCGAACUCAAGCACCGCCUAUAAGCCAGCCAUGGUUCUGCAGAAGGGGUGCACUUUUACUAUCGCCCUCCAAGAUAGAAAAGAUCAACGGAAGCUCUACCACUCCUCCUUUGUUUCAAGACACAGCGCAGAAGUUCCCAUACAAUUCUCCGUGCUAUGAAGUAGGCAAAAACAAGCUGGUGGUGUUUAGUCUUAACUGGUUCCGUUUAUCGCCCCCCUGCCCCCAAAAUGCAUCACCUUCCAGAUUCAUGUUUCUUUGGGGAUACCGGCAGCUUUUGUUUCCUCCUCCUUGCAUGGGGUUUCACACCUUCAUUUGGAGGUGGGGUGGAGAGAGGAUUUAGGUGACAAAUUAGAACUUCACAACACUUAGUACAUGGAGAAGUGCUGGAAAGGUGCUGACUAAUAACUCUUUGGGAAUCUUGUCCCAAACAGUCCAGUCUCUGUACCCUUCUUUUAAAUUUGCUGUCACAAGGUGUUUCAAAUGUGGGGUGCACUGGGUUUUUAAAAAAAAGUUUUCAUACCCUGUCUACUGACCAAAGUUCCUGAGGCAUCUUACGCUGUAUUUAAAAUACAAUAAAACAGACAAUAAUCACUGAAGCGGGACAAACGUUUCUUGCAUGUUCCUGGCCCUAGACUUUCCCCCAGAUGCAGCAGGCACUGGAGAAGCAAAGUAUGAAAAUACAAAUUUGCUUUUCUUGCUAUUGGGUGUUCCCACCCUUCCCAAUAUUCCAGAAGGAUUUUCCUUGGCACAAAGGAAAGUUAGGCAUAAGUGGCUCUUACUUUUAUAGGUCAAUCUCCCAUUUUUGCCAGUACCGUUACCAUUCAUCCCUGGACCAUCAUAAUAUUUGAUUGUUCCUGACAAUCUUGGUGUUUGUGUGCUCGAGUUGAGGCAAGCUGCUUGCUGUCACAAGGAGAAGGGGUAACGCAAACGGGGGGACUGUGCAUGAAUCAUUCAAGAUACGUCAGAAAAAGUUUUUAUUUACAAAACAGCAGCUCAGGAGGCACAAUGCAGCUGUUAUUCUCUGCUCUUUUAUCUUGGAGCAGGAAUACCCCCCCCCAAAAAAAAACCCCUCUUGACUUGGGGCAAGGUGGUCCUAGCCGUAUGUACACACACACACAGCAGCAGCAUCCAAGGUGUGCCACCAGACCCCACCUGAAGCUGCGUGAAGGAGCCCUUAUGCACUUUGCAACAGCCAAUGCCAAGUAACACUGAGAGAAAGGAAGCGCUCUCGUUUUCAGUAGCUAAUCUCCAGCACCCUUGCAUACAACAUUGCAGUCUGUAGGAAAACAAAAUUGCAACCUGUCUUUGUAUUAGAUCCACUACUGAACAAGAGGCCAGCCUGUAGUGGAUCUUCAGUCUUGCAACUGUUUCAUGCCAUGAUAGCUUAAUGGAACAUCUAAGUUCAGAGACAGCGCAGACUUUUGCAUACCAGUUGCUGGGGGACAAAUGGGCAGAUGAGGGGCCAUUGCCUGCAGGCUCUGCUAGUGGGCUCCUAGAAGCGUGAGGAUGGUUACUGGGAAGCAGGUAAGAUGGAUCCUUAGACUGAUCUGACAGGGCACACCCAGCCCCCUGGGUUACCAUUUGCCAGAUGCCUCACAGUUGCAUAAUCAGCCGCUAGUCUGAAACUUGUUAGUCAAAGGAGACUAAACACCUACUUCAAAGGGGAAUAAACUCCACACGGCAAUGCUUGAGGCGAGGGGCACUGCCCCUCAGGACCAGGCACAGAGAGGUUCAGUCUCAUUAGGGUAAACCAGCAGAACCCUGUGGAAGCACUUCAUUCAACUUCACGGGAAACCUGGUUUGGCUCCCCCAAAAUGUAUCCAAUUGAAACCAUAGGGGAAGGGGAUGGAGAGCACAAGGCCUCCCUCUUCAGCCUGGUUCCAACAGCGAUUAAGGCAGCAGUUUCUGGCAACUCCAGACAAACAUCCUUCACGUGUACUCAGUCUUCCGAAUGUAGCUGGACGGCACGUAGCCCCUCUUCCCAUGUGCCUCUGCCAACCACCACUCCUGGUUCCCCGUGAUGUCUUCAAACUGCAGAAUCCUUAGUCUCUGAUUGGCGGUGACACUCAGUUCAUUUGAGUUCCGUCCCGUAAAAGUGUAAACAGCAUAGUAGACCU